AUGGCCGCCUCCGCCGCCUCCUCGGAGCAUUUUGAGAAGCUGCACGAGAUCUUCCGCGGCCUCCAUGAAGACCUACUGGGGGUGCCCGAGCGGCUGCUGGGGACCGCCGGGACCGAGGAGAAGAAGAAGUUGAUCAGAGAUUUUGGUGAAAAGCAGCAGGAAGCAAAUGAAACGCUGGCAGAGAUGGAGGAGGAACUACGGUAUGCACCCCUGUCUUUCCGUAACCCCAUGAUGUCUAAGCUGCGAAACUACCGGAAGGACCUUGCCAAACUGCAUCGGGAGGUGAGAGCCACACCUUUGACAGCCAUACCUGGGGGCCGAGGAGACAUGAAGUAUGACACAUAUGUUGUGGAGAAUGAGCAUAUGAAUCGGCUACAGUCUCAGAGGGCACUGCUUCUGCAAGGCACUGAAAGCCUCAACAGGACCACCCAGAGUAUUGAGCGGUCUCAUCGGAUUGCCACAGAGACUGACCAGAUUGGCUCAGAAAUUAUAGAAGAGCUGGGGGAACAGCGAGACCAGCUGGAACGCACCAAGAGCAGACUGGUAAACACAAGUGAAAACUUGAGCAAAAGUCGAAAGAUUCUCCGUUCAAUGUCCAGAAAAGUGACAACCAACAAGCUGCUGCUUUCCAUUGUCAUCUUACUGGAGCUCGUCAUCCUGGGAGGCCUGGUUUAUUACAAGUUCUUUCGCAAGCAUUGAACUUCCUCUAGGAAGGGCUUUGUGGACCAGAACCUUGACCCUGUGGAUGAAUGGUGUUAGGGAGGAUGUGGAACAAGCAUGUUGCUGCUGUGGGCUGACAGUUCAAGGAUGCACUGUGUAGCCAGACUUGGGAAGAGGGGGGCCAAACAGAACCGUGUAAAUGUGAAGGAAGAACGACAAGACCAGUAUGAUAUACCAAGAGAUUUGUUAAAGACAUGGAUUAAGACCGUCAUGAAUUUAAAUUGUGUGGUUUUGAGCUUUUUUCUUGAACUCAAAUUCAAUCCAAAGCCAAAGUUUUAAGGAAUGUAAAGAUUUGAGAAGCACUUACUGGAACUUAAAUCCACAAGGCCACUCAAAGGAUGACCACCAAAAGGAGUACUGGAAGCAAAACAGAAAACCUUAUCCCAGUGGUGGUGAACCUGUGGCAUACAUGCCACAGUGGGCUGGUUGUAUCAUUGAAAGCUCUAAAAUGUUCACCACCACUGCCUUAUCCUAUUCUCAGUUAAAGAUAAGAUACACCUGCAGCCAGAAUUCUGAAUGUAUCUUUUGGCUACUGUACUUUAAAAAAUUCUAACAGGCCCCAAAUCAGGGAAGAUCCAAACAACUAAGAAUAAAGAGAAGAGGGAAUACAGGUAGAAGAAUAUGACAAGGGCCAAAGACAUUGGGAACCAAGAAAAAAAUAACCAAAUAAAAGUCUGUGGAAAAUUUUUUUUAUUUAGGGGAUGCUGGAAUUUAAACCCAGGGGCUCAUCCAUGCUAGGCAAGUGUUCUACUACUGAGCUACACCCUCCAGCCUCUAAAAGUCUUUUUUAAAGAAGGUCAGAUGAUGUCACCAAGUCUCAAAAUAUGGGGAGGACACUUUAGACUUAAGAGAAAUUAUGCUUUGACUAAUUUCCAAGUCAUUUAAUUCCAGGUCUUCCCUCUGUUGGUAACACAGUCCUGAACUGGACAGAUUGAGAAUGGUAGUGCCUAUUCUAGGGUGUUUCUACUUCCAUGUUUAUUUCAGCAACUUCUUAAACCACAUCAAGCAUUAAUUCUUACUAGAUGUAAGACACUAGAUCAGAUGUGUCUGGUCCUCAGUCCAUGAGUGGCCCUGAACAGCUUGUAAUGCAGUUCCAGAGGGUGAUAAGCUUUCAAUAUUAUUAUAUUAACAAUAUUUUUCAUAACUUGAUUGCAUGUUGCUUGAACAUGGACUGUAUAUUCGACAGUGGAACGUUGUGUAGGGGAGGGCACAGUGCAGUGGUAACUCUGCCUCCUAUACCCAUCACACAGGCAGAUAGAAACCCAUGUGUAGCAGAUGUUACAUGCAUUUGUGCAACUUGGCAAGCCAAACACAGCAACUACUAGUAAUAGUAUUUUAACCCACCUACAUGUGUGCCUGUGAAAACAGGCAUUUAUUGUUAUUAAGCAGAAAUGUAAGUGUUCUUUUUUUUUUUUGGUACUGGGGAUUGAACUCGGGACCUUGUGCUUGCGAGGCAGGUGGCGGAACCACUGAGCUAAAUCCCCAGCCUGUAAGUGUUCUUAAUAAUUAUCAAACUUGGGCUUGGUGUGUUAUUUCACAAAAUUGUUUUAACUUUGUUAUUUAUGUAUAUUAACUUAUAUAUUUUAUAUGUGGCCCAAGACAAUUCCUCUUCGCUCACUGUGGCCCAGGCAAGCCAAAAGGUUGGACAACUGUGCACUAUAGGUGCCUAGUAAUGUUAGGUGGACAAAAGCUUUAUAAUCUAAGUAAUAAUAGUGUUAAUAUUAACUAAUACAAAACUUCUUGCUAAAGAUUUCAAGUCAUUAAACUUCUUGCCAGGUACUUUUAACUCAUAAGCAAUCAUGUGACUAAUAAAUACAGAGAAAUUAAAGUUCCAGUGGAUAAGUGACAGCUUGGAGAACAUUCAAGUCCAAUCACAGAAACCAGGAUGUGGACUCAGAUAAGCGUAACAGAAAACAGUGCCCUGCUCACUUGUAUUUACUAAUCAGGAGGGAAAAAAAGCUGCACAAGCCUUAGAAUUUGGAAAUCUUAACAGCAGUCCUCUCCAGUUUUACGGCAUGCUCUCCAAGGAAGAGAGACUAAAUUUCAUAGAAAGAUUUUGGUCAUUGAAUGUGUAACUCUACUGUGAGGUGAUUUACCAGAUGCACAGCCUGGAUGCUAGACUCCCCCGAUUACCCAACUACUCAGAUUCCUUCUCACCAGACAGCCUUCUGGUUACUCUGUUUCCCAAAUGCGUCACAUACUAACAGGGAAUUCCAGACUGUACUGGCAGGACUGUCACUCAGCAUAAUCCUGCAUGGACAUUCUGGUUUAUGCAGCAUGGUCAGCAUGAGUGUCUCAGUGUGAAAGCCUGAAGAGCUCCUGUACACAGCAAGUCUUGUGUUUCUGGAUCCAAAAAGCUCAAAGCCAAACCCUGAAGGAAUUAAGACCUUGAGAGGCCCCACCUGAAUGGCCUACCCUAAGACUCCCAAUUCUGCCCUGCUCUUUCCAUAUGUAAGUGCCAGGUAAGGACUAGGGACAGUCAGUACUACAGGAGUCAGGGGAAGCACAUUGAGGACUGAGGCAGUCAAGGAAGGACCCCUAUAAGUGAAGUCUGCACCAGCACUCUUCUGUCUUUUCCCCCCUUCCCUUACUGGCCACGGAAAUUCUUUGUCAAAAUGAAUAAGAAAGUGUAUAAUGGUAGAGUGCCCCACUGUACUCCUCAGGCCCAAACACCAUAUUUUUACAUCUUUUACACAGAAACGUAGCACAUGAUAGUCUUUUAAAUAAGAUUAUUAGGGAGCUGGGGGGAUACAGCUCAGUAGUAGAGCACAUGCCUAGUAUGUGUGAGCCCCUGGAUUUAAUCCCUAAUACUGAAAAAAAAAGUUUAAAGAAAUUAUUAGGUAAAGUAGGCUGAAUUGAUGUUACAUUGCCCCCCCCAAUAACAAUGGCCCAAAUACAGUCGAGUUGUUUCUUGCUCGUUCCACGUCAGCAGGUGGCUUUCUGUGUCUGAUUCAGAGACCUGGCUUGUGGCUCUACCUUACCUAGGGCUUUGCCAUCUAUAUGGCUAAAGCUAGCCCCCACCCCCCAAGUUUAAGGCAGCAGGAGGGAAAAAAGCACUGAGAAGGCAGACCAGCUCUGUAAAGGCCCUGGCUUAGAAGUGGCGUAUCACUCUUGCCCAGGUGGCACUGACCAAUAAAUGCAGGUCUAGCUUGCAUCCAGAAAAUGAACAUGGAUUAUGGUGGACAACUAAUAAUCUCUGCCACAAUGAAUCACUUUUUUAAAAAAUUCUACUGCCAUAACCUUUAAGUGAUUAAGAACUCAAAAUACUAAAGCUUAUUUUGCUCUAUGAUUCCCAAUUUAUAUUGUUUUCAGUUAUUCUAGUUCAUUGAGUUGAAUCAGCAAAUAUACCAUCCUGAGGUAGCCUCUUGAAAGCUCUCUCCUCUAAUGCCCACUGUACAAAGAAAAUAAAGAUACCCAAAGGACUAGGACAGUAGAACCCAGAAUUGGUUUCUAAAGGGUGAACAAGGGCCAGAAAUCAGAAAUAAACAUGCCAUUGACAACAACUGACCAGUGUAAUAACUAUAAGAAAUCUGAAUACUGGAGCAAUGUGAUACAAGGUAGCAGAGAACAUGAAUUGUAACCUACAGGAGCAGAGAUUGAUAGGAACUUAAAUUUUUUGUAAGAACAAAAUAAACUGAGUUAAUAUUAAAGCUAUCAGAGUGCUGUGGCAUAUUGUAGUUCAUUUGGCAUAAGGAAUGUUCUCAUUAUUUUUUAAAGAAUCUUACAGUAAUAGUGAUACUAUUAAUAUAGCAGUAAUUACUAGUAAUAGAGCAGAGCCAGACCUGGUGGUCUACACCUGUAAUCCCAGUUCUUAGGCUGAAGCAGAAGCACAAGUUUAGGCCAUCCUAGGCUGCAUAGCAAGUUCAAGGCCAAUUUAUACUAUAUAGGAAGAACCUAUCAGAGAGGGAGAGAGGAGCAAACAUUCUAAUACUGAAGGGACAACUCAUCUGCAAGUCUAGUCAGGUAAGACUUAAGUGUUUCAUUGCUACUCUUUUUUUCUAAGAGGGCAUUGUAGGACAAGAUGAGCCCAAAACUUCAAGGAAGCUCUCAUUUCAAACAUUUGGAACCAAUGUGAAAGGGCUCUCCCUUUUCACUUGCUCUUUAUACACUGGACAGCCUCUUUGCUUUUCUCAAGUGCUGGUAAUAAAAUAUCAUGGAUUCUACUCUGAUCUUUUGGGCCCAGAUGUUACUUUUGGCCUUGAUAAGCCUCUUCAGGGUGUGUUAGAGUGGAAAAAGAACACAAACACAUCCACAGGAUGAUGCAACCAGCAGCGAGGCAAGUCAUAACAGCCUUACCUGAUCCUCAGCAAUAUCUAUGGCCAGCACAUCUAUUUUCAGACUAGUGAGUGAACCCUCAAGGGAAGCCAGUGACAGGAAAGAAGGAAGUAGAACCCUAUUGUCAACUUCCACUCAUACCACACUAGGCUUUACAGAGGUCUGCUAAUCUCCAUCCUCUGCAGGUAUGGAUAAUCACACAUUGCAGGGGAAGAAACGGAGUAAGGCUGAAUAGUUUCAACUGUUCAGAGCAAGCCAGGUUGUAGGCUUACAUAAGACAACGUUACAAGUGAGGUAUUUUUUUUAAAAAUAGCAUAAAGAUCUAUUCUCCUUAUGGAGAAUUCAUGUGCUACCACAGCUCCCUGCAAGUCAAGAGGGAUGGGCUAAGUGGAAUGACACAGGAAAGUCCACCAAGCCAUAUAUGCCCAUUGGCAGGACAGAAAGAAAAGCUGGAGGCCUCUUAGUGUGCAGGUUUUUCACACUGGCCCUAAAUAGAAUGGAAAUGUUUAUGACUUGUCAGGACCACAAGUCAGUAAAACCUAGAGAAAACCAAAUACUCUUAACUGCAUUUGGUGCUCAGAGGAUAGGAAGUUACAAACACAAAUACUCAACGUGAGAGAUUGAGCCCCAGACAAAAGGAAUUCCAGGUAUUUUAAAGAGAUGUGCCUGCUAAGUCUUAGACCUCAACUGUACCUAGGCCAGUUUAUUAAAAACAAAGUUGCAAGGUGGGGUGUGGUGGCACAUAUCUAAUCCCAGAGCUUGAGAGGCUGAGGUAGGAGGGUAACCAUGAAUUCAAGGCCAGCCUGAACUACAUAGUGAGUCCCUGUCUCAAGAAACAAAAACAAAAAUCUACAAAGUUGCAGUGUUACUGAAGGUCUAAACUUGAAUUUUUUAAUUGCCAGGGUUAAUUCAGAUGAGUUGGAAUAAGCAGAAUCUCACUUAGCCCUUAAAGUGUCAUUUGAGUAAUCCUUUGAAGAGACAGCAAACUAAUUUACCACCUAUAAAAGACAGAGAUCUGAGUUUCAUCUAAUACAUUUAGCUCCCAGAGGCUGUACACUCUCAAGAGCCAUGUGUUUUCGGAUAUCUAAAUGUCAGCUCUUUGCUCCAAAAUAAAUUAGAGACAUUAGGACAAAAAAGUAUACCGUCCAGCCAGGUGACUGAGCUGAGGCAAAAGGAUAGCAAGUUCAAGGGAAGCCUGGGCAACUUACAGCAAGACCUUGUCUCAAAAGAAAAUACAAAAGGGCUUGGGGGAGCGGGGAGAUAGCUCAGUGGUAGAGUACUGGCCUAGCAUGUACCAGGCCUUAAGUUCAAUCCCUAAUAGAAAGGGAUGGAAAGAAUAUCACACAGGUAGACAUCUGUUCUGGUUUACUUCCAUCAUAGUUCCAGAGACUACACAACCAGCCUUCCACCCCAUCUCUUUCCUCCCCAUCUGCUCUUCUGUUGCCUCAGAACCAGGCAAGUAUUCUCCAAGGGAGAGAAGACCAUGAAUUGGGGGGGGGGGGGGGGGCCCUGCUGCUGCAGGCUCCAGGAUGGAAGGUGAUCCUGGGAAUCCAGGCCUGUGGCUUCAGUCCUGUGCAUCUACGAUAAACCAGGGUAGCCUCAGGAUCAAAUGAUAUAAACACUGUAUUAACAGAUGCCUUUGUAUGAACAGGAUCCUUGGCUAAAAACACCUAAAUAUAAAACACAUUCGAAAAGUUAGCUUAAUGCUUGCCUAGCAUACAUGAGAUUGUGGGUUCGUUCUCUAGCACUGCAAAAAGGAAAAAAAAAAAAGCUCAAGACAGUAACAGAUACUACACAGCUAUAUGCUUAUGUGUCUCUGGCUAAUUGCUUCUCUGGUUACAUCUGCCCUUCUCUAAGGAGAACAGAUGGCAUUAGGCCUAAUAACAUGCCCCUCUGAACAAAUUCAUGUCCACCCUCUGAUCACCUCUGGAUCCCCAGGGACAGCCAGCUCAGGCUUUUCCCACAGGCUUAGCUGAUCAAACCCCAGCAGCCUGGUUUCACUGAGGGCAGAGGUGGAGGUCAAAGUGGCUCUGGCUUUGUAAGUCACGUGACCACUUUCCCUCAUUCAGAGUAAGACUGCUGGGCUUCUCAGAAAACAAAAGAUCUGCUAUUGUUAACAUAUUGACAACACUUGACUUUUUCCAGUAUCUAGAGGAAGAGACAGCAAAAAUCCUUGGGGAUAAAAAGUACACUCUCUACAGCUUGUGAUUCAUAAAAAUUCUUAUGCUUGAUCUUGUUCCAAAAAGGGCUUAAAGGGAGACAAAUCAGGCAUAUGACUACAGCUUUUCGAGUUAGCAACCCUAAUGUGUAUCUCCAUGUCCCAGAGCCCAGGCCAGUGUCCUGAUGUGUCUGCCCAGAAACCUCAAACUAGACAGACUACAUUCCAUGCCACUCUGGGCAGAAAGCAGAGUCCACACCUAUGGCCUCAGCCAAGGGCUACACUGGGUGCAGCAGAAAGAAUCCCUGUCCUUUCACUUCCUAGAAGAGUCAAGAUUUCUAACCAAGUUCAGUUUUUAAACAUGUUUUACAGUACAUAAUCAUUUAAAUGAAUAACGAGGGUUAAUGAGAUAAGGAAGAAACCUGUGCAUAGCGGUCACAGGUUACAACUAGAAGAGGCAUUGUGGUUUUUCUCCCCACUCUUUCUUUUCCUCAAAACAGAUGUGGUGACCUAGCACGUUCCCAAACCCAUUUGUAACAUGACCGCAUCAUUUUGUUAAGUUUUUGUGAAGAACAACACAGGCCUACUAGUUUCUCACUGAAAUGGCUCCUUGAAAGUCCAGCUUUCUACAUUCCCCAUGAAAAACUACAGAGGGAAGAAAAUCCUUGGGACACCAAUUCUCCGAAAGCCCUAACCACAAUGCCACACCCUGCUGUGACAUUGCUUGGGUCACACAGGAAAGUUUCCUAUUUCUUCAGCUAUUCAGUUUGUUCUCUUUCGCAGUGGGAGAGGAAGCCAAAAGACAGCAUCAUCUCUUCAAAUCCAAGUGCUGUUAUUGUAGACAGCUAAGUUAAGUUAGAAAUAUUAUAGGCAAUCAGACAGUCCUGGGCCCUCAAGCCAGUGCAGGAGACAACUGUGGCUUCAGGUGCAUUCAUUUGAAGGCCAGGCUUCAAGACAGAAUUAACUGCAACCACAUACUUCCCCAAAGGAUGUGCAGCAGUGACUGAUAUUCUAAAUAGAUAUCAGUCACUUGGGUGCAGGACCAAAACCUUAACCCAUCCUUUCCAGGAAAGGUCCCUGACCCAUUCCUUCCAUUUGAUCGCAUUUAAUCAAUAUUACCUAAGUGACUAUACACAUAGUUUUAUUGGUUGACCACAGUUUUGUCCCACUUUGUACCUACCUUGUGAUUUUUCCACUGGAUCAAUAUUACCUAAGGGACUUUACUUGUAAUCUUAUUAGUUGACUAUAGUUUGUCCCACCUCACCUUGUGGCUUUGCUCUAUUAAACUCCCUUGAGAAGUGGGGUCCGGGGGCAACCCACUUUCUGGUCCUCUUCUGUCUCAGACAGAAGCUGUCUUUCUCUAAUAAAUUCUUCCUAGUCUUAAACUCUAUUGUUUCUAGAAUUCAUUCAAUUUUAGAGAACACAAACUCCACGUCAGACAUCUAGCGGGUCGGGAAUUAUAAUACUUCCCUUAUAUUAUUUGGAGGUCCAUAUAUCAUAUGCCCUAUAUCAUCACACCUAAUUUAUACACCCUGAGUAUCAGAAGUUUGGUAAUUAAUAAAGUUAAUUAAAAGGUUAAAUUAUUUAAGCCAGCCAUUGCAGUCCUUUUGGUGCUGCCUCUAAACUGCUAUUUUGGAUAAUAAAGGAAUAAAGCCCUUCUGCCUACUGUAGGUCAGAGCCUCCUGGCUGCCUGCAAGGUCCUUUGUACUAGUUCUCCUCUACAUGGUUUGUGAAAACCAUUGUUUAGCGUCCUUCAAGCAGAGAAAGCCCGAGUCUUCUCUCACAGAGCCUGGAUCAGCAGAAGGUGGUUUCAAAUCUCCACUAUGUUCUGUGCUCACAGAUGGUCAUCUGUCUGCUGCCUAAUAUGGAAAAAUCACAAGGGAGAAGGCUGGGUAGUAUUAUGGUUGAACUCCUCCUAACUUAAAACUUAGAUGCCCAUGAGAGAGUGUGCAGAGGUAAUGGGAACAGAAGAAACCAUCAGCUGAGCUGGGGUGCUGAAAGUCUGGCAACAGUGGUUACAACAUCUUCCUAACAAGUAAACAGGUUUCAUGUAAUAUAGGAGAAACUCUGCCAGUUUAAGCAAUUCUCAUAUAUAAUAAUAGAAACAAAGGAGUCCUACAUUGAUGCUCAAAACUUCAAGCUUAAGCAAUUUCAAAACAACUCAGUGUUCAGAAGAAAGGAUCUUAAGUGACUCUGCUCAUCCAUUCCUUUGGCCUCCAUUCGCUGAACACUGGACAGAGUUCCUGUGCUGCAUGCCUGCAACAUACAGCAAGAGAAGGUCCUUGGCCCCAAAAGGCUCACCAUCCAGAACAACCUUUUGAGGUCAGAAACCCCUUAGGAAAUUUGAUGAUAGUUGCAAACUCCUAGAAAAAUGCACACAGAAUACUGCAGACAAUUUCAGGGAAUCAUAGGUUCCCCUGAGGGAAAUCAUCCAUGGAUUCAAAUGACUUUACCCUUGAUCAACUGAGAGAGGCAACUGUGUGCUGAUAAUACCCAGUUCCAAAACCCUGCUAGUUUGUUUCAUCACUAUUUUGGAUUAUGAUUUAAUACCUUUCAAGAUUCUAUGAGGUGAAUGGACCCUAAAUCCCCAAGGACACACAUAGAGCCCAGAGUCUUAAAUGUGGUUCUGCCCCCCCUGGCCCCACUUCGCCCUGUGACAUUUAGGAGAAGCCACUGCUAUUCUUUUCUUUUUUGAGAGAAAGUGGAGUUAAAAGGAAUACAGUACCACUGCACUUCCUCACCUGCAGGACAUCCAAAUUUAACGUUGAGUAGCCAAGAUUACACUCCAUUAACUUCUUAUGGGGUUAUCUGUGUAAAUUCAUCUCUCAGGGCUGGCCUGGGGUAGAUCAGUGCAGCCAACACAUUCCAUGUGCUGGAAAGCAGAGAUUCUUUUAAGGAAAAGUGUUGAGCCUGGUUUCUGAGACCCUUAGCACCUCAGCCUUGGCACAACUCCCUGAGGGAGGGCUUCUUUGUGAAGGCCCACUCUUCCAAGGUAGGUUUGUCAAGGAUUUUUCAGGGAAAACCAAUAGAACAAAGCACCUCAGACAGAGGAGAAAAAAGGGGAAGCCUCACACAUAGACGUCUCUGGCACAGACCUAGGCAGUCUCCAUAUCCUGUGGAUGAGGUAUUGGUUCUGUAUAAAAAACAAGCAUGAAAUUAAAACAAUUCUUUCCAAGGCUGAGCAGUCAAGCUGAAGCCACCUGUUCUAGUGAGAACAGGUGCUCAGUUCCUCCCCUGUACCUAGACAGCUGCUGGCCUACCAGCUAGUUCUGCACUUCUGCAGCCAGCAAACCAGGACACCUGUUGGCAGCAGUUUCAGAGGUUUGCUCUCCUUUUACUGCCUUCAGCAUGUACAAGCCGGGCAUGGGGCCUCCAGGUCUGGAGGACCUCGAUUUUCCCUUUGUGUUAAUUUACUUUUUCAUUUCUAAGUUGAUAGUUAAUUGUACACAUAUAUGGAGUGCAAUGUGAAGUAUCAAUACAUGUAUACUUUCUGUAAUUACCAUGUCUAUCACCUCAAAUAUUUCUUUGUAUUGAAACAAUCUAAAACAAGAAAAAAAAAUAAAAUAAAGCAAUAAAGCAGCACCUGUCCAACCAGAAGUCAGCCUUACUCAAAGAAAACCAUCAUCAUUAUCUACUCACAUCCUGAACCAUUGGACGUGGGUGUGCAUACCUGUAAUCCCAGCACUCAGGAGACUGAGGCAGGAGGAUCGCCUCGAGUUCGAGGCCAGCCUGGGCUACACAGUCCCUGUCUCAAAAAAAAUUUCAACCAGGUAUGGUGUCACACACCUCUAAUCCCAGCCACUCAGGAGGCUGCAGCCUUUAAGCAAAGUCUGAGAAAAGGGAAAGGCAGGGAAAGUGGCAGUUUGGGCCAGGUGUCAAAGCUGCUAUGGCACAGCUUUGCACAGGAUGGAAGAGGGCAGAGACGAGUGGAGAACCUAUGGGCCAGGAGGACAUCUCAAAAGAGGCAGUAUCUGAGCCUUGAAGGUGUUGGCCAGGAAUAAAAA